UGUCCGCCCCCCACUUCGGCUUGGGAUCGUACUUGUUUGUUUUGCUUUCUCAUUUACCUUUCCUUUCUUCAUCCUUCUUCUUUACUCCAAAUGCCGUUGAAAGGCGUUACUGACCAACUACGUGGUCGACUUUUGAAGCGUCAAAGCACUACCAUUUCAAAAACAUCCCUUGACCAAACUCCUCCAAAACCACCACCGAAAUCUCAGAAUCAAUCACCACAUCAGCCUGCAUCAGAUGAUAAACACCGCUCAGACGCUGCAAAGAAACGUGAACAGAUAGCUAAAGAAAAAGCUGCUGCUGCUGCUCAACUAGGCACCAACUCGGAUGCUCUGCUUCGUGGUAUUGGCGACUAUGAGUUCCUAACCUCACUGGGAACCGGCAAGUUCAGUCGAGUUGUCCUGGCCAAACACACUGUUACCUGCCAAUCCUAUGCUAUCAAGAUCAUAGAUAAGCGUCUGCAUGAUUAUCGAGUCAUGUCUAGACUUGUACGCGAAAUAUCUUUGAUGGAACUGCUAUCGCAUGAAAAUGUCGUCAAACUUUACGAAACCUUCGAAACAGCAGAGUCGCUGUUCCUUGUUCUGGAAUUCAUUCCAGGUGUCAACCUGGAUGAACACCUCCAGCGCUCUGGUGGGUCCUUAAGUGAGCCCGAAGCACGUGCUAUCUUUCGCCAGAUGGUCACAGCUGUGAGCUAUUGCCACUCACGCUGGGUCGUCCAUCGAGAUCUCAAGACCCCUAAUGUCCUUUUGCGACCUGAUGGCGUCGUCAAGUUGGCUGACUUUGGUCUAGGCAACCGAUUUGGUUUGCAACGACUUAAAACUAUCUGUGGCUCCAUGCUUUAUUACUCGCCAGAGAUCAUCAGUGGCCAAAAAUACACUGGUCCCGAAGUAGACUGCUGGUGCCUUGGAAUAUCUUUGUUUAGAAUGACGGCUGGAUUUGAGCCAUUUUCACAUGCGCAUACUGUCGGAGAGCUCAAAAAAGAUGUCCUCAAUGGCAACUUUCCUAUGCCCUCUCAAUUGAGCCCGGACCUUCAAGUCACAAUCCGAAAGUGUCUCAAUAUUGACCGUCGACAUAGAAUGUCGAUCAAGCAAGCGCUAAAGGGUGAUCCAUGGUUGAACAACUAUGGAAAACUUCCUGAUCCCAUCAUUCGUUCACCGACUUCUGCGUUUGACGACUUCUCCGACAUGGAUGAUAGCAUUAGUUCACGGAGCGAGAUGGAAAAGCGAACAAGGAGACAGCAUAUUAAGGAUUUGGAAGAAGAGAAGCACCGUGGCUACCGAGUGAAGCGAACUAUUGUAUACCACCCCAUCAAUAUGACCACGUAUUUUACGACACCAUUGCCACACCAUCCAAAGCUAGAAGAGAACGUACGAAACCAAGAGAUGUUGCGAGCCGAUAUCUUGCAGGACAUUCGUACAAAGUGUCGAAGAUUAGGCAUUCGACAAACUGAUACAGCCAGUAACAAUGAGAGUCGUCUUCCUUUCCGUUUGUUCAGCAAGCUGACCUUACGAAAGCGACAAGAUGAAGUCGAAGGAGCACUGGCUUAUGGAUCUCUUCGGCGGAGUGGAUCAAGUCUGUUGCUCAAUAAGUUUUCUACUCGGUUGAGCAAAGACACCCAUUACUAUUUUACCAUUCAAGCCGUUCACGGACUUUCCUCCACCACUGCCGUUUCCAGUUCAUCGGGUUCCACAUUUUCCAACUUGGAUAGUAACGUCCCUACCUCACCCGCAUUAGCCCAAUCCACAUCCUUGGAGAUUCAACGUCUAGAUGAACGUGAAAUGAUGAACCUUGUGCGAUCUGCUUGCGAACUUUUGGGCGUCACUUACUUUUGUGAAGAAGAGGAUAAACUUUCCUGGAUAUUUGGAAAACCGAAGUAGCCUGGAUAAAUCCAGCGAUAACGGUAGUCAAAAAUGGGUUGGCAAAUUGC